AUGAGACCAAAAGCAACACCAUUCAAGAAAAAAGAAGCUGUGAAACGAAAAAAUCGUGGUCAUUGGUCAAUACAUAAGUAUGAAAUCAUAGCCAAAAGAGCUUUACGAAAUACUCAACUUGAUCAAUCUCAAAUCCUCAAUUUGAAUAACCGUGACACAAGAAUCUCAACAGCUGAUGAUUUACCGACUAAUUCAUCUGUAACUGUGUCAACAGACGAUGGAAUCGAUAUGUUACCUAAUGAUAGUAUUAACAAUAGUUUUCCAAACGAACAUGUUGACGAGUUGGAGGAUGAUGGCAUUGAUUUUUGCAGUACUUCAGACAAUUUUGUCUUCAAUGAAGAUGAAGAGAAAGAAGAAGAUCAUAACGAUGAAACUGAAGAUGAUCUAACAGAAGAACAAAUGAAAUUCGCCGAUGAAUUUAUUAACACAGAUACUUCGUCAAUGCCAAUUCGUGAAUAUGAUGAGUUAGAUGUUGCAGUUGCAUUAAUAUUGAUAAAAAGGAAACACAAAUGCACAAAUAGUUUAAUCGACGAUAUUUUAAAAUUAUUCACAGUAUUGAAAGUUCCACGUAUUCCAUCAACUUGGUUUAAACUUAAAUCAUUAAUCAAACGAUCAGAAGAAG